UUCUUUGAAAGUAUUGGGUAUAACAUUUCACGUCUCUCCUCACCGGAACAAUUUUCAGUGUUAUCACGAUAAAAGAAGUUACCUAUCUGGAGGUGACUAAGUGAAUAGGUAAAGAGUAAGAAAAGACACCAAAAUAAAGUACUGCGGAGGAAUUUCUGUCAAGCUGUGAGACGACGGAGUGAAGAGUGAAGGCGAUUGCGAGGGGCUGAGGGAAUUGUCCUCUGUGCAAGGGACUUUCAUUAGUCCCGCAGGCCCCUGCCUGCCCCUACCGUCAGCAGACAGUCUCUCAGUUGAACCCAGAUCUUCCUGACUCAGCUUGUCCUAAUCAACUUACCCCAGAAAUCUCGAGUCACUCUCCCAAGUGCUGGGAUUACAAGCAGCUGCCACGUCUGCCAACUUUGUACGUAGAUUCUCACUGUUGGGAGGGAAGGGAGAUGGAGAGCCUGAUGGCCAGCUCUACCCUGCCGCCCCUUUUUGCAGAUGAAGACGGCUCCAAGGAGAGCAGUGAUCUGGCUGCAACUGGGUUAACACACCCCGAGGGUCCAUAUGGCAGUGCAGCCACGUCAACGACCAACCCAGAGUUUGUGGAGGACCUCUCCCAAGGCCAGCUGCUCCAGAGUGAGUCUUCCAAUGCUGUAGAAGGCCAUGAGCAAAGGCCUGAGGACGAGCAAAGAAGUAAACGAGGCGGUUGGUCCAAAGGGAGAAAAAGGAAGAAACCUCUUCGAGACAGCAAUGCUCCCAAAUCCCCCCUUACAGGGUAUGUUCGGUUCAUGAAUGAGCGUAGAGAACAGCUUCGCGCAAAGAGACCCGAGGUCCCGUUUCCGGAGAUCACGAGGAUGCUGGGGAAUGAGUGGAGCAAGCUGCCUCCUGAGGAGAAACAGCGCUACCUUGAUGAAGCAGACAGAGAUAAGGAGCGAUACAUGAAAGAACUGGAACAGUAUCAGAAGACCGAGGCCUACAAGGUUUUCAGUAGGAAGACACAGGACCGCCAGAAAGGCAAAUCUCAUAGGCAAGAUGCAGCCCGACAGGCCACUCAUGAUCAUGAGAAAGAAACAGAGGUAAAGGAACGCUCUGUUUUUGACAUCCCUAUAUUUACCGAAGAGUUCCUGAACCACAGCAAAGCUCGUGAGGCAGAGCUCCGCCAGCUUCGGAAAUCCAACAUGGAGUUCGAAGAAAGGAACGCAGCCCUACAGAAGCAUGUGGAGAGCAUGCGCACAGCCGUGGAGAAGCUGGAGGUUGACGUGAUCCAGGAGCGGAGCCGGAACACUGUCCUCCAGCAGCACCUGGAAACCCUGCGACAGAUGCUGACCAGCAGCUUUGCCAGCAUGCCCUUGCCUGGAAGUGGAGAAAUACCAACAGUGGACACCAUCGACUCAUACAUGAACAGAUUGCACAGUAUAAUUUUAGCUAAUCCCCAAGACAACGAGAACUUCAUAGCUACAGUCCGAGAGGUUGUGAACAGGCUUGAUCGUUAAGCACUGGAAGCUGUGUGAGGGAGCAACAAAGACGGAUGCGUGCACUCUGUGGGAACACCCUGUGUGCAGCUUUGAAAGUGUACAGCCCCUCACUCUCCUCCAAGUCUUCCUGGAGUCCUCUCAUUUCCAUUUCUGCUGAAGUGGAUCUGCAUACAUUCUUCUGACCAUGGUGACCUGAGACUGACAUUUCCUUCUCUCCACAGCAGAAAGGAAGAUGUCUCAUUGUUGCAAUCCCACUCCAGUUUUCUUUCCCAGAUGUCACUUCUUUAAAUGCCUCGGGGAGGAUGCUUUCCCUCACUCCCACCAUGUUACACAUCUCCAUUUUCUGACCUCUGGGUUUUGUUGCUCAGUGGGGCUUUGAAGGAGAAUUCUCAUUGGAUGGACCCAAUCUUCUCCAUCACUGCCCUGCUGUGACUCCAAAGAAGGGAGCUUCUUGUUGACAGUGCCCUGUGGAGCCAGGCACUGUUUCAUGCCCUGCAUGGUGCUCAGUGGGUGCCAGCCCCUCAGCAGGCUCUGUGAUUGCUGCCCUGAAGGACAAUGCCUCCUCCUUCCUUCCUGGUCCUGCCUGCUGAUCUCUGAGCAUUACUCCUGCUCAGACAUGGAGUCCCAGCCACAGCAAGGCUCGCCAGUCCCCAUCUGUGGGCAGUGUCCCGUGGAGCACUUCUACUGAGGAAAAGGUCAUUGGUAAAGAGGGAGGAGGAAAGUCAUGCACAUUUGGUGUUGGAAAGCAGCCCGACAUUUGGCUAAGUGGAAACCAGCAAUACCGUGCUCGGUGCACAGAUCCAUGCAUUAAGAUGAUGGGAACUUUUUUGGAAGUCUCUUGAGCUCACAAAAGGGCACAGUGGAAUCCGCUCGUGUUUCGCUUUCCUUUGUAGCCACCAAUCUAUGGAAUCUAUGUGGAAAAGACAGCUUCCUUCCCUCCCUCUCCUUACUGAGGAAUUUUAUUGUUGUUGUUUAACCACAAAAACAAACAGGUUCUGUUUCUCUCCUCAGGGUUGGUUUCCGGUUUUUGGGUUGGGUUUGGGCUUUGGUUUGGUUGUAGGUUUGGGGUUUGAUUUGGUUUUUUGUUUUUCUUUAAUGCUCCAGAGCAUAAGGAUAGAGGUGGCAGCUGAGGUCUUUGGAACCAAAGCAGAACAUGCUGAGCCCAUUAUCUAGGCACUAGGCCACCAAAGGCAGGGGAUGGCGUGUGCUCCCUCACAGUGUGCCCACAAGCCAGAGCCCCCAUGCUGUGGCUGCACCACCCUGUCUUCUCCGCACUGCGUGCUCUCCGGUGUGCUCUAUUAGAUCGUCCAAAGGGAGCAGCACUAGUAAGGAGAGCUGAGUGAACACGUGGAACUUCCAGCACUGAGACCCACAUACACUCACUUAGACCCCGUCAGCACUCACCGCUGCACAGCCAGCCAGCUCCACUGUCCCAGCUCCCCACCCUCAUCUGCUGAUUUUGCUUCUUAGAGUGCUUGCCUGCUAAGCCCAUGCUAGAACUCAUUGUCUGUGGCAGAAGGACACCCAAGCCAGUUCUGGGAGUUUGUCUGUCUUCAGCCAGAUGCUUCCUGUUCUUUCUUCCUUCCUCCUCAUACUGCUGUUUCUCUCUGUAUGCAGUUCCACGACGCUCCCAUAGCACUGAUCUUAACGGCCAGAUAAAGCUAUGGCUUGGUCCAAAGAUCACCAUUCUCCUCUUUACAGAUGUGAUACCUCAUCUCCUCUAGACACAUUUGCAUAGCCAGAAUUCAGGAGGAUAGCAAGAAGAUGGAAUCCUUGUCACAGCAAUAGCUUCCCUUAAAUACUGCCCCUCUCUCCCGGCAGCUCCACACCUGCCCCUAGUGGCUGGGAUUCAGUCAGGUUGUGUAGAGCUGGUCUGUUCGACCUUCUAUCACCUCAUGCUCAACACGGAGGAGGAGGUCAGGGUACAGCUGUCACAAGGAUUUAUUCCCCGGAAGGCUCAUCAUUGAUCCUGCACCUACAAGCUCUCCUCAAAAAGGAAGUGGUUACCAAUUCAGUGUUAUACAUUCCAUUCUUGCUUUUUGUUAAAAUACAGGAGCAGCUGGGGAAGGGAGAUGAGGGGCUUAUUUCUGACAAGUUUUAGAAAACGAAAUAUUGUGUACAUGUGUUUGGAACUGUUGAAUUGCCAGGCUUCUGUACAAGCAUUUUGUAAUUAAACUUUUGGAUUUUCUUUAAGAGGUUGAUGUGCUUGCUUGACAUUUGUCUCAUUAAAACUUUUCUGUGUUGAA